UGAUCGAACCGUUGAACCUGGAGAAAGCUGUGGAUCUGUACCAGAAGGCAGCAGGUGUGUUCGAGAACGAGGACCGGCUGCGUCAGGCCGUAGAGCUGCUGGGCAAAGCCUCCCGACUCCUGGUCCGGUUAAAAAGGCUGGACGAAGCGGCGGUGGCGCUGCAGAAAGAGAAGAACAUGUACAAAGAGAUUGAGAACUUCCCCAUGUGCUUCAAGAAAACGACAGCUCAGGUGCUCGUCCACCUGCACAGAGGCGACUACGUGGCGGCCGACAAAUGCGUCCGGGAGAGUUACAGUCUGCCCGGCUACAGCGGGAGCGAGGACUGCGUGGCCAUGGAGACGCUGCUGCAGGGCUACGACGAGCAGGACGAGGACCAGGCGUACCGCGUGUGCAACUCGCCUCUGCUGAAGUACAUGGACAACGACUACGCCAAGCUGGCCAUCUCCCUGAAAGUACCAGGCGGAGGGAAGAAGAAGAAGGCAGCUGCUGCUCCACAAGGUGGCGCCAGCGGGGCGCCGGCUGCUGCUAACGAGGAGGAGGAUGAGUAUGAAGGCGGCCUGUGUUAGCCUUCAUCCAUGGGUGCUCCCCUCUGUGACUUCAAACCCCUCUCUGCUCCGCCGGCCGUUUCACCUUCAAUGUGCAGAAAAUACAAUCAGCCGCUGAUGCAGGAAUCGUUGAUGUUAAGCCUUUAAGUUUGAGGCGACUCUUCGGCUGUUUUAUSUCCUUGUUGUAUCAUUUGUCGUCUCUGUGAAGCUGUACAUUCUGCUGUUUGUCGUGUGUUGGUAGUUUACUGCAGAUAUAUUCAAACCAUAAACUAAAUGUGUCUGAGGUUUAUUUGUACAGAUAAUUUAUUCAGUAUUCACAGAUUUUACUGAAGCAAUAUGCAAUCAUGAUGGAAGUGCAUGUUUAAAACGAAUAAAGUGAUUUAUUGAAACCAAA